AGGCGUGUCCAUUCUCAGACCGGCGAGACGCUCAGAGGCGCGCGAGCACGAGCACGAGCACGAGCCGGAGAAGAGACGCGCAAAGUUUCCUCGUCUUCGCUCAGAUUAACCCCGACUUCUGCGAAGAUAUUCACGCUCUUUGAUGCUGAAGUGUUUGUGCUGAACUGGACUUUGUACCGGAUCCGAUCCAUCACCGCCGGGAACAUCUUCAUCAUCUUCAUCUUCAUCAUCGCCGGAUCACCGGGCGCGCGCACUACAGGAGCUCAUCCUCAUCCUCAUCCUCAUCCUCACGAGUCACGACUCAAACCUGUAGAGAUCCCCUCUUCCUCUCACAGACGCUCCUCGUCCAAAACCAAGCGAAACAGAUCCCAGAGAGGAAUGAGCAGACGCAGAGGAUGUCUGAAUACAGCUCGCUGUUGAGUGAUCUGUCUGAGAACAUCACUAAUGAAGACCUGGAGCAGCUGAAGUCGGCCUGUAAAGACGACAUCCCUGAAGACCAGAGCAAUGCCAUCACCUGCUCCAAAGACUGGUUCAGUUACCUGGAGAAGAAUGACAAACUGGCACAAGAUAACCUGUCCUACAUAGAGCACAUCUUUGAGAUCUCGCGGCGGCCGGACCUCUUGACCCGAGUCAUCGAGUACCGCACGACCGUGCUGAAGAUCUCCGAAGACGAAGAGAUCGACACCAAACUCACACGCAUCCCCUCGGCCAAGAAAUACAAGGAUAUCAUUCGCCAACCGUCAGAGGAUGAGAUCAUCAAACUGGCCCCUCCUCCCAAAAAAGCAUGAGGUUAUACUGCUCCUACUCCCUGGCACUUCAUCUUGCCCAUCAUCAUCACCAAACCACGCCCACUGCCCCGCCCACUCCACCGAAUAGAAGCCAAGUAGCCAAUCAGAUCGCCAAGAUGCUUUCCAGCCACGCCCAUGCCACGGAGGCUCAGAAAACUGAACGAAAGACAAAGAAAUGGACCAAAAGUCUUGAGAAGUGAACAGGUCAUAGGUCAGGUUGUGUGUGGGAAUGAAAAACAAUCAUUCUGUGUUCGCUGACGCUCAUGUGGAAUAGUGUAUGUGUGAGAGAGAGUUCAUUCACACCCUCGACAGCGUUGAGUGCGAUCGUCACGUCGGUCAGACCAACGCUGUUCAUGUCUUAAUGUGGAGAAACUGGUUUAGCCACUGAUCGUUGUUCCUUUAGACACAUUUAUUCCUGGUUCGUAUCGUGGGUAGACUCCAGGUCGGUACAUUCCCUUUAAUACACGACUCACAUCAACAUUUAAAAGUGUUACAGAGAAUCUGUCUCUGAAUUUGUGUGAUUGCCACUUAGAAAGCCAAUAUUUGCCUUCUUUAGAAAUGAAAUGAAUUAUUGCAGGGUAUGCAGUUACCUAGUAGAUAAUUAAUAUUGCUUUUAAUAUGUCUGUAUGUCAUACUUCUAGGAAAUAUAGUUUAUUAAAGGAUCAGUUAUAGAAUAAUCACCGUUUUGUAUGAAAUGACAGAAUGCUUAUAUAUCAGCAUAAAUUAAGUUUGUUAAAAUUAAUGGCAGAAAAAGUUAGACGUCUAUCUUCUAUUAUUAAAUCUAUAACGGGCAUAAAAACACAAUCAGAACAUGCUAAAACACAAAAUAAAAAUCAAUGUGUUUGGUAAAGUUUUAGCUCCGUCUCCAGUAUUUGCAUCAGGAGAUAGAAGGCAUAUUUUUUUUUUGUUAAAACUUUAAAUUGCUUAAUUUGACUACUUCUACUGUGAUGUAUUUAUUCAGAUGCCUCAGUAUGCGUCAUGUGAAACAUUAGGAUGACAUCACAUAUAUUUCCUGUUGAUCAUUUAUAUACUGAUAGAGCCUAAGAAACAGCUGCAACUAUUUAAAUCACAUAUGUGGUUAAAAAAAUGUAUUAAUGGAUAAUAAACUGCAGCAAUCAAUAUGUGGCCAAAAGUCUGUAUGGAUCACAUCAUGUAUCCUACAGCACAUCGUUUAGCAGUUUUCAUCUAUUUUUCAUCCUAACACAGUAUAUUAAGAUGUGCUGUGUUGACAAAUAUUGAUAUCAUGGUUAUGAUUGUGAUAUUCCUUCGCCUUUUACUCGCACCAUCUGCUGAAAGACUGUUUAACACGACUCUAAAUGCGCUCGAUCACUGUGUCAUGGCUCAGCUCCUGCAGACUGUUGUUUUCCUGCGAUGAAGCCGAAGCGGUUAUCGAGGACACGACAUUCGUGUUUUAUGCAUCUGUAUUUCUGCCCACGCAUGAGGCCCGCAAAUCUUACACUCAAUAUGGAAAUACGCAUUUCUAAAAGCUUGGGAUAUUUGGAAAGCUGGAUAGUGACUGUUCCUGAACAAAAUGACAGUUCUGAUUUAUUUACCCACCCUGCAUAGUCGAAAGUCCUGAAUGAUCUUUUCCAUACAAUAAAAGUCAAUAAGGACUAUACAUGUGUGUGUGUGUGUACACACGCACACACACAUACACAUACACGCACACACACACGCGCGCACACACACUCAGAUCUAUAGAUGCUUGUUUCUGCCAUGAAUAAAAUAAUAAAUAUAUAGAUACACAUAUUAAAAAGGUAAUUGUGACUCUGUAUCUAAAAAUCACUGAAUUCCGGAUUAUUAUUAUACAAUUCUGACUUAAAAAAUAAAUAAAAAGUGAUAAUUUUAAUAUAUAUUGUACAUUCGCAAUUCUGAGAAGAAAAGUUAUAAUUGUGAGAUGAAAAGUAGCGUUAAUAAACCGUAAAUAACAACAUAACAAAAAGUUUUUAUUAUUGUGUGGCUGAAAAACUAAAUAAAACUGAACUGUAACCUCAGUUACACUUUUAUAACUUGCGAUUCUGAGGAAGAGGCCAAACCUGAAGUGUUUAAUUUUUUUUUUAAAUGUUAAACUCAAAAUUCCAAGCUAUUAACUUGCAAUUAUGAGCUAUAAACUUUCAAUAAAAAAAAAAAAAAAUUAGCUAAAAAGUUGGAAUUACUUUUAUAUAUAUAUAUUUAUUUAUGCGGUAGCAGAAACAAACUGUGAUACGAAUCUCAUUUGCACGUCUGCGUAUUUUUACAUGGUGCAUCGCAUUCAUUCAGCAGACAAGAACCUAAAGCAUUUAGUAUCAAUAACGUCAAACCUGGCUAUAUUUCAAAUUUACAUACAUUUAAAUAUAAAUGAGUUUAUAUAUUUUUACUGUAUUUUGGUCUUUCUGACACAACACUAUCGUUUGACGUCAGGACUAGAAAUUCAUGAUUUCUUCUCGGUCUCUUAUUCCUCUUUCAUUGUAUGCAAAAGUUUUUUCAGUCCAAUAGAUACUAAAACAAAAGAGAGGAUGAGUAAAUGACAGAAUGUGAUAAGAUCAGCGCGUAAAAUCCCACGUCACAAACGAUCCCUUCGAAAAACAGAUUGUACAUUACUCUAUUUAUUGUAGUUUUAUGUUGUUGCCGUUGCUGUAUUGAUGUUGUUUCUGAUUGUGCACAGAUGUCAUCUUGUGAUUUUGCGGCGUGUGACGUUGUGACUGUGGUGAUGUUCCCUGUCUAGUGUCUCUCCGGACACACGGCCAAAUGCUCGUCAGACACACCGUGAUCGCUUUUGAACAGAUUUGUUUCUCCAUUAGUUUAAUGAUUACAGUUGGUUGAGUUUGUUUGCAUCCUCAGUCCUGACUGACUUCUCUGUGAUCUACCAACCAAACGUCCCCAGACCAGCAACCAAGGGCUUCAGAUGUGCUCACGUCAUCCAUCGCACACUCGAUUAGAUGUGGUCCUGUCGAUCUUGUGUUGUGUGCAUGUCUGUGAUCGGCAGAUUCGUCUCGAUCAAGAGCCUCUGUUCAGCACUGUGCUUUGCGCUCGAGAUCAGUUUACCAGGUGUGUUUCUAAAACACAGCGCCUCCACUGGAGAACAUCGGAAAAGCCAUAUUAUUAUUGCUUGUGCUUUUCCAUGUUUCUUCUUUUUUGAACAAUAGAGGCGUAUUCGGAUGAAUUUCCAGUUUCAGCAGAUUGAUGGAAUAUGGUUUACUUUCCUCACAGUGUCUUUCUUUAGUUUAACACCACUUCUUUUCCUCUAUGCAGAGAUUAUUGGGCAGUGUGCACAAGCGUCUCCUCUUCGCGACGUCGGUAAUAACCACUACAUGCAAGAUUGGCCAAAUGAAACCGCUGAAGCCAUAGACGCAUAAUCAUGUCUUUUGAUUGUCAAAUUGGAUGUCAGAGUAUUAAAACAUAUCAGCCUUGAUAAUGCUGCAAAAGCUCCUGAAGAUUUGUCGCUAUUGGCGUAACAGAAACCCGACUCGAGGUGUUUUAUCCUGCGUCUAAAACAAGUUCUACUGAAACUAACUAAAAAAUUACCACAGAUAUAAAUCUUGUUUAAUCCUAUCCACAUCUGAAUAUGCAUUUUUUUUUAAAUGCAUAAAGAAAAUUAAGCUUAUGUUUUUGAACCACACAGUUUUUGAUAUUGACAUUUGCUUUCGUCAUAAACAUUAAAAUGCAAAAACCUAAAAAAAAAAAAAUGGCUUCAUUUUCUUUUGCGCAAUAUGCUUUUCUUUCUUUUUUUUUAGUUCUGACUAAUGUUUGGUUCUUAAGUUGUACAUACAAAUAUGUUGUGGAUUUAUGAAAGUGUUGUAUUAUUAUUAAUUUAUUUAAUGCUCUGUAUCUUGUUCUGGUUUGUGUACUAACUGGUCAAGCGGGAGGUGUUCAUUCAUCAGAUCAGAUCUGUUCUGUUGGGUUUAUCAGAGGGAUCAAUAUCCUUUUCUAUACUUUCUUUUUUGAUAACUUUACAUUAUAAUUUAUGUGUUUUUUCAUCAUAUCAUUCUUUUGUAUUGUAGUGUUGUUCCUAAUGCUUGUUCUCUUUAUUAGUAAUGCUUCUCAGCAUAAAAUGAGUGUGUAGUAACCAUGCCUUUGUCACGUUGUGAACCGUUCGUAUGAGAGGCCACUGGCUGUAAAUGCAAGAAAAGCAUCUGUCAUUUAACACACGUUUGAAGUUCCCCGUCAGAGUGUGAGACUGAGAAACGUGUGAUCAGUUUGUGUAGAGACUGAAACACUCAUCGUCGGUCGAUGAUGACUGAGAUGAUCAAAAAUGGAUUGUAGGGCUAUAGUGUGUACUUUGAUUACAGGAAUUAUGAAAGUAAAUAUGAUCAGAUAACUUCUGCAGGGUGAAUCUCACGAAGACUUUAGAAGGCCAUUUAACCCCCCCAAAAUGUAAGUAUUAUUUUGUAUGAAGAACAGGAUUUUGUUUUUUGGACUAUAAUAUUUAUUUGACAUUCCUAGCUAAUAAGGAAUGACAUCUGAUGUUAGUUAAUGUUCAAGUAAAAUUCUUUCAAAGUUAUGAACAAAGACGUUCUUCUAAAGGGGAAGUUCAGCCAAAAGGACAAUUCUGUCAUCAUUCACUCAUACAGGUGUGGAACAACUCGAGGAUGAGUUUUUUUUUUCUCCCGUUGAACACAAAAGAUAUUUUGAAGAAUAUUGAUAACCAAAAAGUUGACGGUAGCCACUGACUUUGACGGUAUGGAAAAACUAAAUACAAGGCAAGUCAUUAGUUGCCAUCAACUAUUCGAUUACCAAUAUUCUUCAAAUUCUGGGGUGAGCUAUCCCUUUGAUGUUCACCAAAAUAAAUAAAUAACACUCUCACCCACACAGUUUUUUUCUACUUGUUUAAAAAACGUUAAGACGAUAUUUGAAAGUAAUGUUCCAUAAUGUUUGCUAAAUGUUCAAGUGGAGUGUUCCCCUAAUCUGUGAAAGCCUGCCUUGACUUAUUUUCUAAAUUUGAGUGAAUAUAAUAAUAUAUAUUUUUGGCCCAGAUAUAUUUCUUGAGUGUUUUCGUGAGAUUCCCACGCUUCAUCAAGUGUUAUUGGUUUUAGCAUAGAGACAUUGUGACUUUAUUUCUCUGUUUCUUGACUUCACAUUCCUACAUCUUUGAGGUGGAAGCAUAGACCUUGUAGAGGUUUGAGCUGAAGAACUGAUGGUAGACACGUUAGACGAGUUUAUGCUACUGUAGAAAUGGAAAGGUGAAUAGAGAGACAUAUCAUAGAUGGAUAAUAUAAUGCACAUUUGUAGCAAGAAAAACAAAUAUGAACACAUGUGAAAUGAUUGUGCAGAUGAGAGCUGUUAGAGUUUACACUGAGGACUAAUGCUCGUGUGUCAGCGUGAUCUGUGUUUGUCCAGAAACAGCCUGUAAUCUGAGUUUCUGUGGCUCUGGAGGCUGUGCUGUGCUGUGCUGUGUGAACUGAAGCGGAUCAUAGAGUUGCUUGACAUUGUAACAGAUAUUGUGAUAACUCUGGUUGGUCUUAGACUCUUGCUGAAGGACUUUUUUGUUUUGGCAUGUUUCGGUCAUUGCAUAUUUAUUUAUUGAUGUGAUGCUCUUUUUAUUUCUUUUCAAAGUCGCUUCAUAAGACACUUUAGCUUGAAACCGCUUUGCAGAUCGCUGAUGUUCUCGCUGAUUGGACUGAUGUCUAAUUUUUCUCUUCUGACAUUAAACCUCCUCGAGCGGAGUGCUGUUAGCAUUUCUUCAGUAAUUCUGUUUGCUUUCUAUCUUUUGUCUUACCUUACAGCAAACACAGUGAUGGACACUCAGUAUGGAAAUCUGUUUGUGAACUAUAUCUAGAAAUGUGGCUUCUCUCUCGGAGUAAAUUAGGCUGAACCGAAACGAUGCCGUUUUGUCAUUGUGCUUAAAUGAAUACAUAAAUAUUAAAUUCUAUAUUAAAAUAUAUUUGCUAACCUA